AUGUGGGAUCUCAAUGACUCGCCUGAUCAGCGUCCACGUGGCGAUGAAUCGGAGGACUGCUCCUCCCAGAAGACCUCGGCCGACGGAGACGAGGAAAAGGGCAAACGGGUCGGAUCCGUGUCCAAUUCAAGCUCCUCGGCCGUGGUCGUCGGGGACGACGGAUCAGACGAGGAAGAAGACGACGACGGCCCCGCCAAGCUCGCCAAGACGCGGGGAGGAGGAGGGGGCAAGAUAUUCGGGUUCUCCAUGACCCACGAGGAGUCCAUGGAUAGUGAUCCGCCCGUGACCGUGACCCGACAGUUCUUUCCGGUGGAGCUAGACUCCACCUCUGAAAUAAUGGGGCCCACACGAGGAGGCGUCCCGCCUCCAGCUCCUCCUUCUUCGUCGUUGUCGUCGUUUCCCAGGGCCCACUGGGUCGGGGUCAAUUUCGGGCAGUCGGAUUCUGGCAGCCCCGGGAAGCCGCCGGCCGCGGUGGAGGCAGCCCACCAGCCCAUGAAGAAGAGCCGGCGUGGGCCUCGCUCCAGGAGCUCUCAGUACCGCGGCGUGACGUUUUACCGGAGGACUGGUCGAUGGGAGUCUCAUAUUUGGGAUUGUGGGAAGCAAGUUUAUCUUGGUGGAUUUGACACAGCACAUGCAGCUGCACGUGCUUAUGAUCGAGCGGCCAUCAAGUUCCGGGGAGUGGAGGCUGACAUAAAUUUUAGCAUAGAGGAUUAUGAAGAAGACUUGAAACAGAUGACCAAUUUAACAAAGGAAGAAUUUGUGCAUGUACUUCGCCGACAAAGCACCGGGUUCCCCAGAGGUAGCUCCAAAUAUAGAGGGGUCACCUUGCACAAGUGUGGGAGAUGGGAGGCCAGGAUGGGCCAAUUUUUAGGCAAAAAGUACGUGUAUUUGGGCUUGUUUGAUACCGAGAUUGAUGCUGCAAGGGCCUAUGACAAAGCAGCAAUCAAGUGCAAUGGCAAGGAAGCUGUCACUAAUUUUGAUCCCAGCAUCUACGAGAACGAGCUGAACCCCUCCUCUGAAUCAUCCGGCGUUAAUCCUGCAGAACACAAUCUCGAUUUGAGUUUGGGCAAUUCAAACUCGAAGAAAAACAAUCAAGCUUUUGGGAGUAGUGAUCAUGGCCAAAAUGCUGCAAUGGAAGUUCAACAUUCUGCCUCAAUGCAACUCGAAGCCGAUUGGCGGAAUCAAGGGUUUCGACAAAAGCUUAACCUACAAAGGGAUCGAUCUAGAGAGGAGAGUGAUGCACACAGAAGAGAUGGAUACUUAGAGACAGAAGCCAUGCAGCUACUACUCAGAACCAACCUUCAUUCUCCAGCCCCCACUGAAAUGCAUAAAUAUGGGCAGUUUAGUAGGAGGCCUAACGUUGGAGACACCCAAAUGCCUCACACUUUCCCACCACAUUUCAACUCACCAAACAAUUACCACCAUGUUCAGUUUCCAAGCAGCAGCGAAGGAGGCCGCAUCGGCAGUGAUCUUUCACUCUCGAUGAGUGACCACCCACACCAACAACAAUGGCAAUCCGGCAUGCCGACUUCCGAUAUAUUUGCAACUGCUGCAGCAUCAUCAGGAUUCCCACCUCAAAUCAGACCGUCCGCGCAAAAUUGCUGGCUGCAGAAAAGUGGCUUCCACUCUCUCACGAGACGCUAG